GAUAGCAUGGAUGAUGUGGGGGAUGAUGGCCUGGGUGGUAAUUUGGUGUUCCUCCCGAGUACAUCCAUGCAAGACAAGCUAGCCUCCAUUUUGGAAAACUCCUUCAUGGGCAGUGAUGACGCAUAAGAUGGUGGUGAGGAAGGGUUACUCUGGGUUAGGUUGAGGGUCCAAGGAUAAUGAUGCCUACAGUAAUGACUGUUGCACCUAGGGUUGCAUAAAGUGAUACGACCCUCCAACCCAGCGAUAAAAACACAAACCCUCAAAGUGUUGAUGUGCUGAUGAUACAGUUUAUGCAAAAUGUGCAGAAGCAUUCAACAAAUAGGUCAAGCUUAAGGAUUCGGCAUCAGAGGUGUAACUUCAGUGAGUGAAGAUCAAGAUUAUUUUUUUAAUUAUACACUUAUCUGUGUAUUUUACAGUGAUUUCAAAAGAAAAUCUGUGAUUUUUGAUAAACUUUGGUCAAGCAAUAAGUUUUGAUUGACUUAUUUAUGUCUAUGAUGAAAUAGAUUUUAAGUAGUAAUUGGACCCUUGAUAAAGACUUAAAAACCAGGUUUUGGUUAAUAUAGAUUAUGAUAGCAAGAGUAGUUAACCUAGUUCUUCCCAAGAAAUUUAUCAUGUGGAUGAAAAAGUUCUAAUUCAGUGUAUAAGUAUCAUAAUUGGUAAUAUUUUUUCUAAGUCCUAGAUAAUUAAGAUAUUGGUAAAAUGUUGAUCAUUCCUGAGGCUCCACCUAUGGUUCAUGAGUCCUUGAUCUUGCCACAAAUAUUUUUGCAGUCAGAUGUGCUAGUUUCAUAUGUGAUAGUCCUAAUGCUUUCCCCUUCCAGACAAGACUUUCAUUCUAGGGUUGCAGUGUGGAGCAUUGUGAUAGCUUAGAUUUGUAUGAGGUUAUCAAGUAAUGUAAACCUUAUUCAAAAUGUUAAUACAUGCAAAAUACCCUUGCCUAGCUUCACAACAUAACUGCACAUUGCGAUUCCAAGAUGAUGUAGGACUAUAUUCAGGAGAUGCACUCAAGUCAAUUGUUAUGUUCUUGAUGCACUCACUCCUAUGUGAUGCUUUUACCACAGAUAGUAGUUUCACAUUUUCUUUUCCAUAUCUACAUAGUAAUACUUUAUCACUAAAAAUUAUUUCAGAUGUUCAGUGAGUGCCAGAAAAGUGCAAGAAUGAUGCCUGAUAUAGUAUUAGUGUACAACAGGAAUAUAUUGGGUGUCUUGAUUGACUAGGGUGUUUAUCGUGAGUACUGCCCAAACAGUCAUGAAGGAGUGUGUGAAAGAAUGUAAUGAUGUUAAUACAGUUAAUAAUAAUAAUAAUAAGUUUUAUGCUUUUUUCUGCAUACACUUAUGUUUCACUCUUCUUUGAAGUGAUGUUUGUAGAUAAAGUGUAAGAUUGGUUAAUUUUAUGUAUUCAUAGUCAAUGUGACUCUGAUAUUUCAAAUAGCAUCUUAAUUUCAUGUGCCUGUUUUCACUGCCUUUAGUCAUUCAUUGUUUUGAAAUACAUACGUAAAUUAUCUAACUGGGGUACUUCCUGUUAAGUUUUAUAUUUUGAUUUUGAUAGUUUUAUUAGAUAAUUUGAAUACUGUAUCAACAAAAGUUACUUUGUGGAGCUUCAUAAAGUUUUAAGGGGUGGGUGGAGAAAUAGAACCUAGCAUCAGAGAGUGAGCAAGAAGAUCUACUAGAAAAGUUUCACUGCCAGUAAUGCUUACUCAGGUCCUCCAGCACACCAUCCAUUGCCAAAAAAAAAAAAAAAGUCAUUCAUGUUGAAUACUUAUAUUUUGUUUACAUUGCUUGAGUUUCCAGCCAGUAAAACAAGUGAAAAUCACUUGCAGUAUAAUGAAAUUAAACAUUAUAAUAGCUACUACAAUUUAAAACUUGAGCACAAUAUAAAUUGUGCAAGUGGGAAUCAUAUAAUUGAAAAUUCUACCAAGCUCUGAAUAUACCUAUUUUUUAUAGGGGUACGUCAUUAAAUGUAUUGUAAAUCUUGCUCUCCUUUAAGAUUACGACAGUGGGAUACUCCGAGAAGUAAAGCUUUAAAGGAUUAUUUUUCUUUUUUUGCUUUUGGUCAAAUAUAUUCCUGAAAUUGAUGAGGUAGUUUAUUGAUAACAAGCUCGGAGGCUUUACACUUUUUCACCCUCCAGUUAUAUACCUAUUCACCUACUGGGAAUACUGUAUAGUGGUCAAUAACAUUGAGGUAAAUCUCAGUAAACUCUCUUGAGUUUUUACACAUUUUAAUCCGAAUGUCUGCUCUUGUUAAUAAAAACAAAAACUUCACGAGAUAUUUUUCUGUCAUGUGCCAAGAAAAUUAUUACAGUUUCCAUGUCAUGUUUGUAAAACUAAUAAAUGAUAAGUAAAUGUGAUUAGUGCUGUUUGAUAAGAACAUGAAUAUUCCUGUAUAUUUAUUUGUACAGCAAUUUUAAGAUGAAAAUUCCACUUGUAUUUGAGUCCCCUUGUAUGUACACCAAUCCCUUGUUUGUCAUUGUGUUAACUUUUGAGUAUGUUCCACAGUUGUUUGAAGAAUAAUUCAUGUCUUUGAUAUUAAUUAUUUUGAUAUUGUUUGGUAAUAAAAGUUUUAUUUUUUAUUGUGGAAAUCUUUAAAAUGUUAGUCAUGGCCAUAGCAAAGGAUUAUUUUUUUGUGUGUAUUGGUGAAGUUUUAUUGCAGUUUGAUGUUGCUUUUGAUGAAGUAACACAGUGAAUAUAAUUUGGAGUGUUAGUUGCAAAAUCAGAUUUUAUUCCUGUAAACAUUCUACCUCCAUCAUUUGACUUAUGUUUUCAGAAAGAUUGAUAAGCUGUUUAUUGCAUGAGUGAUUAUACUUCCUGUGCCCUUAAUUAUCAAGUAUUGUAGUUAAUUUACCACUUUUCAGUUUGUAUGCAUUAUACACACAUGUACAGUAGCGUUGGUCAGACAAUGACAUUAAUUCUCAGCCAUCUACUUGCAGUAUCUAUAUGCUGUGGUUCAUUUUCAAAUAAACAGCAUGAACAAUGUGUACCAAGCCUUGCAAGAUUCAUGUUUAAUAAGACAAUGUACAUAGACACAUUUUCAUUAAUCAAAAAUUGAUUGAUUAUUUUUCGAAAUAAAUUUUGUCUUUUAAAUUGAAUAACAUUGCAUCACAGUUACAUCAAUAUAUUGAAGCUGUCUUUUAUGUGAAAGGUACAAAAUAACUCCACAAAAGAACAUGGAAAUAAAUCUUUUUAUUGGUAUAUUAAAGUUUCUGUAAUAGCAAUGUAUAUUUCCUACAGAUGCACAAAGAACUAACUGACUUUAUAGAUUAUUCACUUUUGCUUAUGUUAGCUACCAAUGAUUUCUGUUUUCCUUUUUUGUACUGUACUACCUCAGGAAAAUACAAGAAUGUUAAGAGCAGAAAAUGGGCAUAUGAAAGUGGCUACAUACUUUCUUUGAUUUAUUUUCCCCUCUGCCAUUAUUAAAUAUUAUUGGUAUAAGUGAACUUUUAUAUCAUGUUUUGUUGGAAAGAUUUUUCAGUAGAAAUAGGUUUCAAAUUAAACUGUCAAUUCACACUUGGUAUGAUUUUGUUUAUAGGAAGAUGCUGAAGAGACAUGAAAAAAGAAUUUAAACUAAUAUGUAUAAAAAAAGUCAGCAAAACCAGAAAUUUGCUAGAUUCAGACAAUCUAGAAAUAAGUAUACAAAUCUGUCUUGAGAGAGGAAGAAAGAAACUGACAGAAAUGAUAGACAAGUGCAAAAUAACAGCUUCUGAUAAGGGUGGAUGUGAAAGACAAAAUAUAAAGACUGAAGUAUGGCAGGAAAAAACACUACUAAAUCAACAGCUAGUUUAAAUGGAUGCCAGUAAAACAACCAGAGUAGUACAAAAGUUUGUUAGUGACAAGGAAAUAAGGCUAGAGAAAGCAAUAUUGUAAGCUUGUAAAAAUAUACUAAGGAAUUAAGGUAUCCUCUCAGGAAUUUUAUCAUUUCAUUACAAUAAGGUUAACUUCAGGGCAAAUGGAUUUGAACUAGAAACUUGCCCACACUUGGUGGAAAAAAUUGACAGGUGUAUAUGCAGAUUAUAUUUAUUUAAUGCAUCUGUUGUGGGCUUAGCAAUUAUUUGAUUAUAAUAAUAAUUUAUUUUUAAA